AUGUUGCAGUUCAUCAUCGCCGGAGCGCUGAUUUUCGAGAUCAUUCGUCUCUUUCCUCUUCCUGACGCUUCGACAGUUAAAUAUACAAAACCAACGGUAUGUCGCUGUUUGCAAUUAGUGACUCCAUUUCAGAUAAUUCCUAAACCUCCUUCAAUAUAA